GGGGGAGCGCGGUCAGGGGGCGGCGGCGGUGGAGCGGGUGCGAGGGGAGCGGCGGAGCCGCGGAGCCGGCGCCGAUCCGGAGCGGAACCGGAGCAGAUCCGGAGCGAGGAAGCUACUGACUGCCUAGAAAUUAGGAAAGCGCGUAAGAAGUCCAGUUGAUCAAGGUGGAUUUUUUUUCCAAGAGUCUUUUCACAGUUGCCUUUUACAAGAUAUUUGGACGCUCCCCAUUGUGCCAUGUUUUGUGGCUCUUACUGUAAGAAGAAUUCGUCUUGAUGAAGAUUCCUAACAUUGGUAAUGUGAUGAAUAAAUUUGAGAUCCUUGGGGUUGUAGGUGAAGGAGCCUAUGGCGUUGUACUUAAAUGCAGACACAAGGAGACACAUGAAAUUGUGGCAAUCAAGAAAUUCAAAGACAGUGAAGAAAAUGAAGAAGUCAAAGAAACCACUUUACGAGAGCUUAAAAUGCUUCGCACUUUGAAACAGGAGAACAUAGUGGAGCUGAAGGAAGCCUUCAGAAGAAGAGGAAAAUUAUACCUAGUAUUUGAAUAUGUGGAAAAAAAUAUGCUUGAAUUGCUAGAAGAAAUGCCAAAUGGAGUUCCACCAGAAAAAGUGAAAAGCUAUAUCUACCAGCUAAUUAAAGCAAUUCAUUGGUGUCAUAAGAAUGAUAUUGUUCAUAGAGAUAUCAAACCAGAGAAUCUCUUAAUAAGUCACAAUGAUGUUCUGAAGUUGUGUGACUUUGGCUUUGCUCGUAACCUCUCUGAAGGAAGCAAUGCUAACUAUACAGAAUACGUGGCUACCAGAUGGUACCGCUCACCUGAACUGUUGCUUGGAGCCCCAUAUGGAAAGGCUGUGGAUAUGUGGUCUGUGGGCUGUAUCCUGGGCGAGCUGAGUGACGGACAACCCUUGUUCCCUGGGGAGAGCGAGAUUGACCAGCUCUUUACCAUUCAGAAGGUGCUAGGCCCACUGCCAGCCGAGCAGAUGAAGCUCUUCUACAGCAACCCACGCUUCCAUGGCUUGCGGUUUCCUGCAGUCAAUCAUCCACAGUCUUUAGAGAGAAGAUACUUGGGAAUUUUAAGUGGUGUAUUGCUUGAUCUUAUGAAGAACUUACUGAAGUUAGAUCCAGCAGACAGAUACUUGACAGAACAAUGUUUGAACCAUCCUUCGUUUCAAACACAAAGACUCUUGGAUCGCUGUGGAAGCUCGCCUUCACGGUCAGCUAAGAGAAAACCUUACCACGUAGACAGCAACACGUUAUCUAACAGAAAUCAAGCCAGCAAAAGUUCUGCUUUGCAGUCACACCACAGAUCAAACAGCAAGGACAUACAGACACUAGGGGUUGGCGGCCCAAGAGAAGAGGGUCUUCCAGCAAAUGAAAGCUUUUUAAAUGGAAACCUUUCUGGAGCUGCACAUAGCCCAAUGCAUACAAAGAAGUCAAGCAACCAGCCUGGAUCUGGUAACAAAGAUCUAGCCAAUAAUAACAUGCCACAUCUUCUUAGCCCAAAGGAAACAAAGGCCAAAACAGAAUUUGAUUUUAACGUGGACCCCAAAAGUUCUGAUGGUCCAGGCACAAAGUACAUGAAGUCUAACACCAGAUCUCAGCAGAACCGGCACUCGUUUAUGGAAACUUCUCAAAGCAAAACUGGGACACUGCAACCCGGUGAUAAGCAUAGUCGCCACAGCUACAUUGAUACUAUUCCACAGUCUUCUAAGAGUCCUUCAUAUCGGACAAAGUCAAAGAGCCACGGGGUUCUGACAGACUCAAAAUCCGUGGGCAACCUGUCUGAGGCCAGGGCUCAGGCUGCAGAACCAAACAGCAGUCGCUAUUUUCCAUCCAGCUGCAUGGACUUGAAUUCUCCCACCAGUCCGACCGCUCCCCGACACGGUGAUAACAGAACUUUGCUCAGCCCAUCUGCUAGGAAUAACCGCAGCGAGGGUACCCUGGACACCCGAAGACCAUCGACCAGGCACUCCAAAACAAUGGAGGAGUUAAAACUGCCAGAUCACAUGGAUGGAAGCCAUUCCCACUCACUGUCUGCUCCACAUGAAUCUUUUUCCUAUGGUCUAGGUUAUACCAGUCCUUUUUCUUCGCAGCAGCGCCCUCAUAGACACUCGAUGUAUGUGAGCCGGGACAGAGUGAGGUCAAAGGGCUCAGAGGGUGGCUUAAACAUAGGGCAAGGGAUGGCAGCCAGAGCAAACAGCCUGCAACUGUUAUCUCCACAGGUGCAGCAUAAGUCACUCACAAGGUCUGUUGGCUCCUCACGAGAAGACUGUACAGAAGAUACUAAUAGGCAGAGUGACCAGAUUCCAUCAGAAACAAAUUUAACAAGACCUCCAGUAAAAGAUUCCUCCAGAGAUGUUACAGCUGCAUUUCAUUCACGACGAAAAUCUGAGGGUGGAGCAUAUCAUGAUCCACACACAGAAGAUGGAGCAUCUACUAAAGAAAAUAGAAUUCUGUAUAAUGACCCUGUUCCAAGAAGAGUUGGCAGCUUUUACAGAGUUCCAUCUCCACGUCCAGAGAGUACAUACAUAGAAAACAAUGUGUCAAACAGAGCCUCUGUAUUACCAGCAGACAGCAGCACGGUGGCAAACCACUCAAAGAGACAAACCACCUUUGAUACCUGGAAAAGUCCUGAAAAUCUUAGCAGUCACUCUGAACAGCUCAAGGAGAAAGAAAAGCAAGGGUUUUUCAGGGCAAUAAAAAAGAAAAAGAAGAAAUCUCAAACUACAAACUCAACCAACGGGGAGAAUCCAAGCAUCAAGAAAUCCCUCUUCCCUCUUUUUAAUUCAAAGAAUAAUUUAAAGCAUAGUUCUUCUUUGAAAAAGCUUCCUGUAGUCACUCUACCCAUGAUGCCUAGCACUGAUGGUCAGGAUCUCUUGGCAUUACAGAAAGCCAUUCAUUCUACUAAUCACCAGAGCAGCAGGCAGAAGGAUUGGCAUCCUGAGAAGAUGACAGAAAUCCAGCCUCAUAGCCAGCCAUUAAAAUCUCUUCGCAAGCUGUUACACCUCUCCUCUUCAAACCAUCCUGUCCCUGCCGAGCCUCGCUUCCAGCCCCUACCAAGCCAGCCGGCCAAAGCUGCUUUUUCUGAAGUGCGAAUUCACCCCAUGAGUCAAAGCUCCAGCAGCGGCAGCAGCAACGCGCGGCAAGAGCCGCAGGCAAAGGCCAGGCCAACGCUGCAGAUCCCGAGCCAGCUGGAGCCCACCUGGCACGUCUCCCCCGUCAACAGGAGCGCGAGCGACGGGCCUCCCUACUCUGACCAGCCGCCCUCCAAGAGUGGGCAGAACGGGCACGCGUAUAACCGAACAAACCGGUCACGGAUGCCAAAUCUGAACGACCUGAAAGAGACAGCCUUGUAAUUGCACUCCAGGCAGUAGGCCAGCUCGCACAGAGGUCAGCGUAGGGGAGUGGUGGUGGUUCUGGUGAUGGUAAGACUGUAUUUUCAGCUUUAUAAAGGUGUGCAAUAUGUACAUGUGGAGCUAUGUUGUUUGGCACCACAGCGAGAGUCAGGGAUUAUACAGUAAACCAAGUCGAAUUAUGAAUUACUAGUCAUCAGAAAUGUCACUGGACGAUAGGCAGAGUGUGCCAUUCAGGGAGAAAAAUGUAUUGCCAUUUUCUCUCAUUUACAUUCCAGCUUAGAGCACAUCUCUGUCAGAAAGCUGGGAGACUUCUGGUAUGUAUUGGCACUUACAAGGGUGAAAACAUUCAUGUCUAGACCUAUGCCCUUACUACAUUUUUUGCUGCCUAGUUAAAACAGUGGGGUUUAUGUGAUAAAAGUGUAUCCCCGUUAAGGGUUUAAAGUUAAAUUGUAUGUCUUAAAUUUGUUUUUUAAACUUCCAUAUUUGAUAGGAUUUGUAAUAUUUAUUUAUGAUGACCUAAUAUCGUACUGUUAUAAUCAUAUCUUUUAUGUUAUAAUGUAAAGUUAUUUUGAGCUGUUUGAAACAUUGUGAAGCAGUGCAACAGCUACAGUAGUUUCUAUAAAAAACUAAUAGUAACAUUUAUAUAUUGCAUCAGGAGUAUUUUAUUCUAUAUAUAAAUAUAUAUAUAUAAAUGGAAAAUAACUGUCUGUUUUUUAAAUAUACUCAUUUAAAAGAAAAGUAUUGUUAUGACACUAUCUGCCAUAUUUUUAUACAUUUGUGAUAUAAAGUGCAGUAUUAUACUUCUAAUAAAAGGAAGUUGAAUGUGGAUAUAAAUGUGACUGUAACAGUAUGAAUCUUGCUCAGCUAUGAGAGCCCAAUAUUAUAGGAAUUACUGAUAACAAACAAAAGACAACAUUCAAUUCCAAGCUUUAUUAUGGGCUAUUUUGUUGGAAGUAUUGGUUAAAUGUAAGAGACUGCAGAACUGUACAGUAAUCUAAAUGUGGUAUGGUCUCCCCUGCGUCCUUAGAUUUCCUAAUAAUAAUCAUAGGAUUUCUGCAUCUACAUAGAGAGAUUAGAGCCCCAGAACCAUUUUUUUUUCCUCUAAAGAGAUAAAGUGCCCCAUGACUACAAGCUAAAGCAGGUGCUCUUCCACUUAAUAGUAGGGGUGAAAACCAAAGAAACAUAGCAUGAAUUGCAAGUGAAAUGCCAAACUUUGACACUUAAUGCAUAGCAUGGCACUGCAGAUCAUGGUGUAAGCUUUUAUGCAUAUGUGUAUUUUACAUCUUGUUUUAGCAAUCUAUUAAGAUAAACACUGUAUUUAAAUUAAAAGUACUCUUGCACUUUUUCUUAUAUUUCAGGAUGUAUUUAAAACUACAAAUCUGAUAUUUGGAUAUUGAGGGAGAAGGUUGCCGUGCAGCUUAAUUUCUCCUUAGAUCUUACUGUCCCAAUAUUCCCAUACACAGUUCAGUGACCAGUCUCAGCAAAAUACUAGAUCUUGGGUUCCAGUCUCCUGUACAACAUUGUUAAAACUGCCUUUACGUUGGUGAAUGUCAAGUAUAGCAAAUAUAUAACCUGAUUCCUCUGUUGCUACCAGUAAAAUAAAUGGAAGGUGAGUUGGUAGGAGUCAAAAGAGUUAUGCCAGUCUAAACUUUGUGCAAUAAGAGGAGAGUCAGGCCUGUAGUGUCAGAACAAUACAAUCUUUCCUUUUCAAACACGUUCAUUCAACUCCCUCGUUACUCUGCAGCAUAGUUCAUUUUCUAUAUGGUGUCGUCAGAAGACACUUGUACCUGCAAAUAUGUUGUCUGUUCCGAGAAGAGAUUAACCUGAAUGUAAAAUUGAUGACUUAGCCAUAGAUAUAGUUAACAGAAGUAGCCAGACAGUAAGAGCUGAACUUCCUACUUUGAAAACAAUGCAAACUGGACGUG